AUGGAUAUUUGCCUUCUAUGUUUGGAGCUUAAGCAGGAAACGCCACAGUAUAUACCAGUGGCGUCCGAACAAUGGCACGAAGAGAAAAUUGGAGAAAUAAUUGAGAAACAUUUUUGGCCUUUGAAACACAUUGCUUCUCAUUCAUGGCUUUGUAUGAAUUGCUGGAACACGCUAAAGGAAUUCCAUGAGUUUUAUUUACACAUCGAAGAUAGCCACAGGUCUUUGAUGUCCCUAUUAAAGCUAGAACCACAAGAAUAUGAAAUUAAUAUUGAAAUUGACACAAACAGAAUGGAUAAAUUGGAAACAAAUGAUAAGGACAAUAAUGACUCAUUCAAAGAAAGCUUAGCAGAAUCAAUCAGCAAGGACCCAAAAAACUUAACCGAUUUGGUAACUACGAAAAGUGAAGUGAAUAAUCAAGAACAGAUAAUGGAAAAUGAAGAGGAAAACGAUGAAUUGAAAAACAAACCCAGGACUCGUAGAAGUAAAGAUCCCCUGCAGACAACGUUGAAUAGAAAAAAUAAACCCAAGCAACGAAAAUCCAAAAGAACAGCAAGGCAAGAAAAAAUUAAGAAUAACCUUGAGAAAGAAGAAGAGAUUCAAAAUUCAAAAGAAACGAAAUUUGCCAACAGCGAUGAUAAAAAAAAUGAUAAAGUCCAAAUUACAGAAGAGGGAAUUUAUUGUGAUGGUGAAAAAGCUAACAUAGAUGUUGAAACUAAUGAAAAUGUUGACAAUUUGGAUGUUGGUUUAGAUUCAUAUUUAAACAAUUCCGACAAUGAAAUGGAUGAAGGUGACAAUAAUGCCAAUACUCAAGAAUCAACAUUUAUUUAUCCUCCUAAAACCAAACAAGAAGAAGCUGAUGCAUUUCUAACAGAGAAUAUUAAAAUCACAUGCGAUAUUUGUCAAUUGGCUGUGAAAACAUUUUAUGAGCUAUGUAAACAUUUCGUGCAAGAACAUCAACAGCCAGGCUAUGUGAUAUGCUGUAAAAAGAAAUUCUCUAGUCGUAGCCUAUUGGUCGAUCAUGUUCAUUGUCAUCGAGACCCAAACUAUUUUAAAUGCAAUUUAUGUGAUAAAGUGAUGGCUGAUCGCUUUUGUUUGAAAAAUCAUUUUAAAAAACAUCAGGUUAAAAUCCGAUCACAUAUAUGCGAUACAUGUGGGAAGGCAUUUACACAUCCCACGAAUUUGAAGAGGCACAAAUUGUUACAUAUACCCGAUGAAGAAAAGAAAUACUCUUGUUCAGAAUGUGGUAAACUUUUUGCUGACAACACGCUUUUGGCAAAUCAUUUUCGCUUUGUACAUAUGAGGAAAUAUGCACACGUAUGUGAUAUUUGUGGAACAAAACUAAGUGGCAAGGAUGCGCUGGAACGUCAUCAACUGAAACAUAAAGGUGCGGAACGGCCCACUGUAGCCUGUAAUAUUUGUGGCUUGAAAAUGAUUGAUCCAAGUUAUCUGAAGCGCCAUAUUGCAACGCAACAUCCGGAGGAUGGUAAAAAGGAAUUUAAAUGCCAUUUGUGCCCGAAAGUAUCGCCAACAUUAAAAUCUCUCAAAAGGCACAUUGUGUUCAAACAUGAGACCGGUUAUGAUUUCAAGUGUUCAAUAUGUGAUAAGGCUUUUAAGAAAUCAUCUACAUUGAAGGAACACAUGGCUGCCCACUCUGGCACCGCUUUAUACACAUGCCCACAUUGUCCAAAAACUUUUAAUUCAAACUCCAAUAUGCAUCAUCAUCGCAAAAAAAUCCAUCCCAAAGAAUGGGAAGAAACUUGUCGCGCCAGAUAUUCUGGCAAUUUGCCACCUAAUUACAAAGGUCCUGAAACAACAACCGAUGAAAUUGAGAAUCAAACAAUGUCUUAUCAAUUUGAUGUUUUUAUAUAG